UCUAAUUUUCUCUUUGGUUAGCGCAGCGUCAAUAAUACAUAAACUACCCAAAUAAAAUGCGGCUAUUUAAAAUCUGUUCGUUGACAAUGUGAGAGCCACAAUCUUCCCUCGGGCCAUUAAAGGCCAUUCUUCUCUAAUCAUGAAAACUAUCCUUUUGUUUGUAAUUUUGCUUCAAACAUGGGGCAGUACAAUUCAGCUAUGUCCGCAACAUUGUUCGUGCAAACCAGUUGGUGCUCAAGCUGAGUGGUUGCGUCUUAAGUGUGGUGACCGCUUACAAGAAAUCAAGGAUGUGGAUAUCAAUAGAGUUAGCGUAGAACUUAUACAACUAGACUUGAGCAAAAAUGCCAUUUAUGUCAUUCAACCGGACACAUUUGUGAAUCUAACAAAUCUGAAGAGACUUGAUUUGUCCAAAAACAAAAUUAACUCUAUAGGCGAGGGUUGUUUCAAUGGCCUUGAAAAUUUGGAAAGACUAGAUUUAAGCCAGAACCAGAUAUCAACAAUAGACAGUUAUGCGUUCAGAAAAUUAUCAAACCUCAAGCGUCUCGAUUUGUCUGGAAAUAAAAUAACAGCUCUGGCGCCAUCCUUAUUUCAUGAUUUGCUGGCCUUAGAUCGCUUGAAAUUAAGCGGUAAUGGUUUAAUUACUUUAAAAGAAGGAACGUUCCAUGGGCUCAAGAUGUUAAAACAGCUGGACCUGUCUAACAAUCCUUGGGAUUGCAAUUGCGACCUGUAUUGGUUUAGUAAUUGGGUCUAUAAUUCCUCAAUUAAAUUGAAUCCGCCGCCGAAAUGCGCGUCGCCGGAGUACGCCGAGGGGCAGCUACUGAAGAAGAUCAAAUCCAUGGAGGAGCUUCAGUGCCAAUGGAUAUCGCCGGCGAUCGAGAUCCGACCGGUUCAGAAUCAAGUGGUCUUCGCCGGCGACUCGAUCACCUUGAAAUGCAGGGCGCCCAGCAUCACGAUAGACAAAAGCGCCAGGCUGAAUUGGCUGUGGUAUCCUAACGCGUCCGCCGAAGUCAUGGAUCUGAGUGCUUUCAAGGAUCCGCGGACGAAUCUGCCCAACAUCAGGGUGGACAACAGGUAUCUUUCGGACAGCGGCAUCGUCGACAGCGCCCUCAGUAUAGUUCCGGUUAAAGAGGAGCACAACGGACAAUGGAAUUGCCUGCUGGUUUCCGUGAACGGCAACAAGUCGAAGGCGGUCAGCGUGAUUGUGAUAUCUGAACACACGCGAUAUUGUCCUUUAGCAGUGACGAAGAACAACAAAGGCGUGUACACCUGGCCGAAGACGAUAGUGGGAUGGAAAGCGGAGCUGCCGUGCGAAGGUAAUCGGCUGUCCGGGCUGAUGCAGGCGCCGUUGAAGGCUUCGUAUCAUUGCAACACGAGCGGCGAAUGGGAGCACCUGAACACGGACUCGUGCCCGUACAUAUCUCACACGACCAAGAUCCUCGAGCAGUUCUCCAAAGUGAAUCUGUCCCUGACGAAGGGCAGUCUGCUGGAGACGGCGAAGAGGUUCAAGAAUUACACGGGGAACGGCGCGGUGAAGCUGACGGACCCGGUGGAGGUGGAUUUCGUCGUGCGCACGAUAGAGAAUUACCUGAACUUCCUGGCGGACGAGAAGGAACUCGGCGCGAUGUUGAUCGACAUCGUCAGCUCGGUGACGAGACUGCCGAAGGAGAUGCUGAAGCGGGCCGAGGUGAAGUUCAGGGCGUGCGCGAGGCUGGUGAGAGCGAUCGAGCGCAUCACGGAAUUCACGCCGUCCAUACAGUCGCACAAGAGGCACAUGGCGCUCGAGGAGUUCCGCGUGAAGCGCGACAGCUUCGCCGGGCUGACGUGCACGUGGUACGCGAACGUCGCGGACACCGCGGACACGGAGAGGUUCCUGCACUGCACGACGAUCAACCGAACGACGCCGAUCAGCGCCAAGGACAAGACGAUAGAGGCCUCCAUUCAGCUGCCCGGCUCCUUGCUGCAACACUCGAUCGACACCGGCGUGGCUCACCAGCUCAUGAUCUCCAUGUACAGCGACAGCAGACUGUUCCCCAAGAGAGCCGCCAACCACACCAUGGACGUAUCGACGUGCGUCGUCGGCGGUAAACUGAUCGGAACAUCGGUGCGGAAUCUCUCGGAGCCGGUUUACGUGAUGCUGAAGGCGCCGUUGUAUCAUUACAACGGGAGAAGGCCGCAACCGGUGGUGUGGGACGAGACGUUGAACAACGUGGGAGGCUGGACCAGCGACGGAUGCCACCUGACGAACCUGCUGAACAACCUGAUAGUCUUCCACUGCGACAGACUGGGGUAUUACGGGCUCUUGCAGGAGGUCUCGCACCUCGAUAUGAACGGGAACAGUAUGCACGGAGCGAAAUUCAGAUACUCGCACCCGGCGAUAUACGUCGGGAGUUUCGUGACGAUAACGUGCCUGAUGAUCAUGUCGGUGACGUACAUCAUCUCCUACACGUCCGUCACGAUGCCCAAGAAGGCGAAACACUCGGUCAUCAACACCUGGUUCGCCAUGGCGCUGUUGUCGUUCCUCUACAGCAUCGGCAUCCAACAGACGGAGCACAUCGAGAUCUGUCAGGGUGUCGGCCUCGCUCUGCAUUACUUGUCUCUGUGCUGCCUGCUGUGGAUGGCGGUAUCCGCCAGCAACAUGUACAAGAAGCUGGCGAAACCCGGGCUGGACGCGAUACCGGACGAGGAGCUGCCGGACCAGCCGAUACCGAAGCCGCUGCUGGGGCUCUACCUGGUCGGCUGGGGCGUGGCCCUGAUAAUCUGCGGGAUAUCCGGGGCGAUAAACCUGCGCGAGUACGCCGGCUACUCGCACUGCUUCCUGACGUCCGCGCCGGCCCUGGCGGCGCUCUUCAUCCCCUCGGGGAUCCUGAUCGCCUACCUGCUGAUCUUCCUCUCGCUCAUCAGACGGGCGAUUCAGAGCGUCGACACGAACGCUCAGCUGUCGGAGGGUACCCAGGCGACGGAGAACAUGGACCUGGAGCUGCUGGAGCCGAACCCGUGCGGGGACCGCGCGAGCGUGCACAGCACGCAGACGGUCUCGUCCGACAUCGAGGACCCGGAGCACUCGCAGUUCACGCAGUGGAAGGGCCAGGUGAUCAUGCUGAUCCUGUACCUGCUGUGCUGGGCCGACGCGGCCGCGGUCACGGUGAAGCCGUUCGGCUCGCACGCGCCGUUCGCGGAGACCGUGUUCGCGGUGCUCUACGCGGUGACCGCGAGCUCCCUCGGCCUCUUCGUCCUCUUCUUCUACGGGAUCGCGCGCAACGACGUGCGCAGCCAGUGGCUGAGGAUGCGCUGCUGGCUGGAGAAGCGGAAGAGCCGGUGCUGCCGCACGAGGAGCGUCUGCGACGCGGCGAUCCCCGGCCAGCCCCUCGUGCAGAACUUCGUGCCGGCGUUGAACUCGCAGGCCACCCAGCCGAUAUCCGACUCGAACUCGGUCGCCUCCUCGAGGAACACGAACCGCUCGCGGAUCUACAACGGCGGGUCGAAGCUCGCGGAGCUCGCGCCGGCCAAGCCGACCGCCGGCAACGUCAACCUGGUGGUGCUGCACCGGCAGCAGUACCGCUCGAACAACUCCGUCACGACGUACACCGAGCCGACGUCGGCCUGCGUCGAGAUGUUCUACAACCCGCACCAGAGCGGCGUCGCCCGGAAGUUCUUCAAGAAGCAGCGCCGCCACACGAAGAAGAACAACCUGGGCCCGAGGAAGCAGGGGGACGGCGGCGCGACCAGCGACGGCGGCAGCUGCGUCUCGGUGCCGCGGCCGAAGGUCAACAACAGCCUGGAGCGCAGCAUCCUGAGCAGCAGCGCCAAGGUGAACAACACCAACAUCCACGUCGAGCUGAACCCGAUCAACGACAUCAAGAACGUGAACAUACUGUCGGACAGCGGGGGCAGCGUGUCCGAGGAGCGGCCGAUGCGCUUCGUCAUCGGGCAGGAGAGCCUGAUGAUGAGCCGCAGCGUGAAGAAGAUGAACAACGAGCGGCCGGAGGAGCGCGGCGCGCCUAAGAGGACCGACUCGGACGCGGACGCGAAGACCGACGAGGAGUGGCAGCUGCGCAACGUCUCGCAGCAGUGCAGCCUGGAGUACAGCUCGGAGAUGGAGACGCAGAUGACCAGCGAGCGCAGCGACCACAACCUGCCGGAGAUCUGCGAGAGCGCGGCGGAGACGACGAAGGACGCGGAGGAGCGCCGCUCGAGCGCGCGCUGCCCGAGCGAGGCCGACGACGAGCUCCUGCCGCGACCCUACCUCUCCAGCAGCAUGUGCUGCUUGCCCUCCGAGCACAGCGGCCCGCUCAGCAACAGCUACUGCAACUCGUUGAACGACGUGGCGUCCACGGGGAGCGCGAGGCCGCGCCUCCGCGAGUACUCGAAGCAGCCCAGCAGCAGCAGCACCAGCUCGAACCAGCUCUGCGAACGGCUGGCCGGCUCCGAGCGCUCCCUCUUCGAGAUCAACAGCCUGGCCAGCGACCACCCGCACGCCUGCUCCCUCGCCAACCUCCACUGCGUCUCCGACAAGAGCCUGCCGAGGAACAACCCGUUCGACCAGCCGGACCUUCCGCGUGGGAAGAACUUCUGCUCCCUGGCGGAUAUCGCGUCCUCGAUCGGCGGCUUGUACGAUAUCGGCAAUCUCGAGUCGCCGGACGACGACGAGCAGGGGGACGUCCACGAGCUCACGAGCGACGCUAGGAUGUUCGACGAGAUCUACCUGGACGACGAGCCGGUCAGCCAGCUGCCGGUCGUUAAGAAAGAAACCAGCGUCUAGGGCGUCUUCGGGAGUUCGCGUUCCUCGUGUACAUCGCACCUGGAGUAUCUCCGCUCUUCGCCCAGAUGUGGACGUUUCACCGUGAAGUUUUAUCGCGUGAAACCAACUCGUGAUAUGCUAGUAAUGAUUUUCUCCCGGCGGAAGCGCUCCGGCAGUUUCGACGUCAUCUCUGUUUCUUCCAAAUUACGCUCUUUUUUUUUUAUCCUCGAUGCGUCAGCGAAUGAUCAGACGAUUCUCGCGUCGGAAGAGAUGCUCCAAGUGACGUCCGUUCGUGUCGAUGCUGCAUUGCGAUCGUCGAAUAUCUGAAGUACGUAAAUCAGUCCGGGAGUGACGGCAAAGUGUGCGUGGCAAAACUGGCGGAAAUACUCCAGGUGGGGAAAGUUGCCGCCCCGACCUGCGCAUGUUCUCGCGCGUAAUUCCCCGCACGUAAACCGUGUAAAACUGAUGACAAAUCCGAUCCGGAGACUAGCGUUUCGCGAUUCAACUCCGCUCGGCUGUUUCGUUCGACACCUGCACAGUACACACGUUCGUGUCUCAUAUUUUUUACGUGGAGAACGGGAGAGAGACGCGCGACACGCUCCUGAGUACUAUUUAUAACGCGUUUAGGAAUGCACGGUUAUUUAAAGAAUUUGUACAUAGUGAAAAUUUAGUGUUCAUAUAUAUAUAUAUAUUACGAGGUAUCCUUAACCGAAUUUGAACGGUUGUUUUUAACUAAUGUAAGCAUUUUACGCGGCUCUGAGGCCCGAAAUUUCCGCGUUCGGGGAAAUCGCGAAUUCGACACUUUCUUUUUCCGGAUAGUGGGCGAACAAAAAAGGGGAAGGGGGGGAGGUUCAAUGCAGUUUGGGAACUUUGUUAUCCACGAUAUUAUUCGCCGUAUGCCAAACGUGUUGUAUUGAAUUUGUCACGUGAACGCGACUGACGACUAAGUAAAAUCAUUUUGGCUGUGAAUCGUCCAUUUCUUUAAACACACAACGCCAUCAGCACGUUCCAUCCGCGACGACCAUCGCAUCUUUCGCUAUCACGUUUUUUCGUAAAACCGCAGUUACUCCCGUAGUUUUACACACGUUCCCGUACUUUUGCGGUGACUCUAAUUACGAUUACGAUAUUGUGUCUCACCUCGCGAGGGUGACACCCCGCUUUGUAUAGUUGCCUAAAAGAAAAAAAAAGCAGUCCGACAGAUAGAAAUGGAAUCUCUGUAAACCGAAGACUGAAUAUCGAGGAAGAAUUGAAUCCUUGCUGGCGAGGGCUGAGAAAAAGGCGACGCCUCGUCCCGCCAGUACGAUUACCACCGACCGUAAAAAUACGUAUGCAUGUAAUACUUUAAUUGCGACAAGUUCUCCGCGUCCGACGCGCAAUAUUAUACUGUAAAUAGCGUUCGAUUGCGUUUUUUAAGAUGAAGCUCGAUUUAAAAUGUAGCUCGUGUUGAGCGCGUUGAGGUAACUUGAGAGACUUUAUACUGGUUCUUUGUCACUUGUAUUAUUUUUACUUUUAUAUAUACUGAUUUUCU